AUGGAAGGUGCAUUCGUGACCAAUGUGGCACCGCGCUGUCGGCAGACGUCAGCUGCAAGUCGUCAGUUGUGUCAGCGAGUUGGUAUCGCAGAUGUUCGGCAUCCACAUCAUCCUGGUGGCCGCAGCAUGGCCACAGUUUCCACAAUCGCGACAGUCGCGGCAGUGUGUCAGUUGAGUCGAAGAAGGUCACGAACCGCCUUCGCUGGUGGUUCACUCCGGCGGGUGUGCGCCAGUGAGUUGACAAAUCGAGCUUCAAAGCUACAGCGUAGAGGACUUCAAACAGGAAUUGUGGGCUUACCCAACGUUGGCAAAAGCACCCUCUUCAAUGCGUUGUGCGAUACUGGCGAGGCGGAAGCGGGCAACUUCCCAUUCUGCACCAUCGAUCCCAACAUGGGGAAGGCCAAGGUCCCAGACGAGCGGUUGGACAAGCUGGCCUCCCUCGCCAACUCCGAGAAGGUGAUCAACGAGAUGAUCGAGUACGUUGACAUUGCUGGACUUGUGAGGGGUGCUUCCAAAGGAGAGGGCCUGGGCAACCAGUUCCUGGGAAACAUCCGCAACGUAGAUGCAAUUGUGCACGUUAUUCGAUGCUUUGAUGACGAGAAUGUGACUCAUGUCGAUGGCAGCGUAGACCCCGUUCGCGAUAUUGAAACCAUCAGCUUGGAACUGGUCUUCGCGGAUGCUGACCAGUGUGAGAAGCGCCUGAAGAAGGUCGAACGUGAGGUGGUUGGCCAGGUCAAAGGUGCAAAGGAAGAAAAGGAGGCUUUGCAGAAGGUAUUGGAAGUGCUGGAGGAGGGCAAGCCAGCACGCGCAGCAAAUCUAUCAGAGAAGGAGGAGGAUGCUCUGAAGGACUUGUCACUGCUUUCGAUGAAGCCUGUGAUUUAUGCAGCAAACGUCCCGGAGGAUGAGUUGGCAGAGGGCAAUGAUUAUGUCAAGGCCGUCCAGGACUUCGCCAAGGAGACGGGUGAUCCGGUGGUUGUCGUGUCAGCUCAGGUUGAGGCUGAGCUGAAGUCUUUGGAUGCAGAAGAAGUGCAAGACUAUUUGGAGUCAUUGGGGGUCAAGGAGAGUGGCUGUGGCAGCUUGGUUCAGGCAACAUACAGGACGCUCGGACUUCGUACAUACUUCACUUGCGGGCCGAAGGAGACGCGGGCGUGGACCAUCCACGCGGGCUGGAAAGCCCCGAAGGCCGCCGGCGUCAUCCACACAGACUUUGAGAAGGGCUUCAUCAAGGCUGCAACAGUCAGCUACGAAGACUUCGUCGAAUGUGGUUCAGAAGAGGCGGCAAAAGACAAAGGCAAGCUUCGGAUUGAAGGGAAGGAGUACGAGGUGCAGGAAGCGGACGUGAUGCACUUCCGCAUCCUCUAUGCCAUGACCCGCUUAGCGGGACAAACUUGGCAAGCUUGGGAUGAAAAGAAGGCUGACGUCACGGUCUGCUCAGUCAAGAAGCAGCUCUUGAAAGAUGUGGUGGACCCAGAUCCCAGUGUGUUCAAGCCAGUCCUGGUGACUGGAGUGAAGGCAGGUGAUGUGGCAGACUGUCCAGGUCUCAGUGCGGCUGAACUCUGCUGCUUCUGCUUCCAGGUGCUGCGAGCACAUUUGGAGAGCUUGCCACUUCCACGCUUUCCGCCUAGAGCGGAUCCUGGAUUCAAGGCCCCAUUGUUCGUCACUUGGCUGAAGCAACGCCGUGCCAGGACAGCCCAUGCGCAUGAUUCCGAGCUGGAGCUGCGCGGCUGCAUCGGAUGCUUGGAGCCAAUCCACUUCCACAGCGGCCUCUCUGAGUAUGCCAUACGAAGUUCGAUGAAGGACCGACGGUUCCCACCGGUCAAGCUAGACGAGGUUCCUUCUUUGACUUGCAGAAUAUCGAUUUUGCACCAGUUUGAGCCUUGCGCGCAUGCCUUUGAUUGGCAAGUUGGUGUGCAUGGUGUGUUGCUCAACUUCUCGGACUCUCACGGAAGGCGCUUUUCCGCAACGUACUUGCCAGAGGUGGCCAAAGAGCACGGUAUGACUCGCGAAGUUGCCAUCCGUGAGCUCGUAGCAAAGUCAGGCUAUUCAGGUCCAUGCAACCAGGAAAUUCUGGAUUGCUUGGAGGUUACUCGAUACCAAACGAUAGUGGAAAGCCUAGCUUACCGAGACAUCGGUCAUGUAUUGAGUUGGUAG